GUUCUCGCUUUCGUUAACGUGAGAAAACAUGUGUCCUACUUAUUAUGUUUCGUGCACAACGGUUCAGAAAGAUAUAGUUGAAGUGCCAUAAUUUUAAAGCUUCGAAUAGUAACAUUUAUUUGAAUGGUUUUUCUUUGUAAAGUGAUCAAUCAUAUAUUCUUAUUUCCAAAAAAAUAUUUUUAUAUGUUUAUAAAGUGAAACAAUCAAAGAAUUUCUCAAAUCAAACAGCUGUUAUUUUUCAGAGUGUUAUAAUUAAAGUGGACUUUAUUAUGGAUGCAAUUAAUAUUAUCCAAAUUGUGAUUAAUGUGUUGCGGCUUAUAUUGCAAAUUUUAUAUUACAUUUGCCAAAGCGUGUAUUAUAACUUCUUCGGAUUACCGGAAAAAAGCGUGAUCGGUGAGAUUGUUUUGAUAACAGGUACAGGUCACGGUAUAGGAAAGGAAUUGGCGAUUCAAUAUGCGUGUUUGGGUGCAACAAUAGUAUGUUUAGAUAUAAACAAGCAGGCAAACGAAGAAACAGUAAAGGAGAUUAAAACAAUUAAUAAAAAUGCAUAUGCAUAUCAAUGUGAUGUAACUAGAAGAGAAGAUGUUUUUGCAGUAGCCAAAAAAGUGAAGGAAGAAGUCGGCGAUGUCACAAUCUUGGUUAACAAUGCCGGUAUAAUGCCAUGUCAUGUUUUACUAGAUCACACAAUCAAUGAAAUUGUACAACUCUUCAAUGUUAAUGUAUUAGCACACUUUUGGAUAUUACAAGCAUUUUUACCAAGUAUGAUUGAAAAAAAUUAUGGUCACAUUGUUGCACUCUCGUCAAUAACAGGCAUCGUGGGACUUCCUAACUUAGUUCCUUAUUCUGCUACAAAACAUGCGGUCCAAGGUCUAAUGGAUGCACUGGAGAACGAAUUACGAGUAACCAAUAAUGGAAAAUCUUUUAUCAAAUUCACUACCAUAUAUCCUUACAUGGUAGAUACGGGGCUUUGCAAAAAACCAAAAAUAAAUAAGAUGUUGGAAGCAUUUUUACUGUUAAGCUCAACGAAAGAUACAGCGGGACAAAUAAUUAAAGCGCAACGGCAAAAUAUAAAAACAAGAUCUGUACCAUCAUUUUGGUUACCACUUGUGUCAUUCGUGCGGCUAUUACCCGAAAAUGCACAAACCAGUAUAAUAGAUUUCAUCGAUUCUGGUGUCGAACCAAGUUAAUAUAUAUAUAUGUGUGUGUAUUAACCCGGAUCAUACUUGGUAAAAAUGCUUGUAAUAUCUGAAAAUAAUUAUAUAAUUUUACAAGAG